AUGGGUGUGGAGGAGAAACGAUGGGUCAUGUCAAAAGAGGUGGAGAUUUUCAAAGUCAGAGCCUAUGUGGCAAAGAUGACGCGAAGGGUUUCAAUUCCCAACCUUUUGUCAAUCAAAUAUCACACUUUAAACUCGAAGUCGGGAUCUUUCUUUCUGCUGAUAUUGAUGGAUAAAGGGAAAGGAGUGAUGGGAAAUCGGAAAUGGGCAGUUGAAUUCACAGACAAUUCCUCAACACCUUCAUCCCGAGACAUUCCAGAUCCACCUGGCUUCACACGAGCUACCCAUGAUCAGGAUGAUUCCACAUUAAGUCGCCAAAAGAAAGAUGCUGAAGCAAAUUGGAAAUCACAAAAAGCAUGGGAGGUAGCUCAAGCACCCUUCAAGAACCUUCUAAUGAUGGGGUUCAUGAUGUGGAUGGCUGGAAGUACAGUCCAUUUAUUUAGCAUCGGUAUAACAUUUUCAGCUCUUUGGCAACCAUUAAGUGCUCUUCAGGGAGUUGGGAAGGUUUUUGAGCCUUAUAAAGAUAGCAAAGUGGACCUAAAUGCCCCUAAGUUGCUGUUUAUUGCUCUUAAUUUGGGGGGUAUGUUGCUUGGUGUCUGGAAGUUGAACACUUUGGGGCUUCUUCCCACACAUGCUUCGGAUUGGGUUUCUUCUUUGCCACCUGCACAUGAAGUUGAGUAUUCUGGUGGAGGUAUUGCUUUGUUCUAAUAACAACAAUUUAUCUAUCGGAUUCUGGAUUUUUUUUCUUUCUAGUUUUUAAUAUAUAAGAACUGCUUCAGAUUUUGUUCUCCUUUUAGUGAUUAUGCAUUUUGAUUCAGUUUCUGGUGUAAUUCUAGCUUUGAAAGCAGCAAUAAUUGACCUAUGAAUUAUUGCACUAAUGUACACCUAUAGUCUUAUGAAUACCACAACACCAAAUUUGAUUUAACACUAAUUACUAUCAUUAUCUUUUUGUUAGGGUUUUCAUAAUGGCCAAAUUCCAUAAAAGCCAUUGUAGUUUGGAAAGUUUUCGGUUUAACCACUGAGAUUUUGAUUUUUUUUUUAAACAUCACUAAAUAAAACUAAACUUUGAAUUCUAUGACAAUCCACUUUUGUUUG